GAGCUGUGGCGAGAGGAGCCGGCUCGGGGCUGCCCUGGGCUUUCUUACCCGGUUGUUGAGGCUUGUGUGGCAAGAGGCGAGUCGGAGAGGCGGCGGCGGGCGCUCGGGGCGGCGGCGCGUCCCGCCCGGGAGGGCGGCUCUGGCCGAGGGCGGCGGGCGGGGAUCUGGGCUGCCCGGGGCAGCGGCCGAGGCGGGGCGGCGGCGGGGAGAGCGGGCCGAGAUGCUGGCGGAAAACCUGGUGGAGGAGUUUGAGAUGAAGGAGGACGAGCCCUGGUACGACCACCGGGACCUGCAGCAAGAUCUCCAGCUUGCUGCUGAGCUUGGGAAGACGUUACUGGACCGGAACACAGAACUGGAGGAGUCGCUCCAGCAGAUGUACACCACCAACCAGGAGCAGCUGCAGGAAAUCGAGUAUCUGACCAAGCAGGUGGAGCUCUUACGGCACAUGAACGAGCAGCACGCGAAGGUCUACGAGCAGUUGGACGCCACAGCGCGAGAGCUGGAGGAGACCAACCAGAAGCUAGCCGCUGACAGCAAGGCCUCCCAGCAGAAGAUUCUGAGCCUGACGGAAACCAUUGAGUGUCUGCAAACCAACAUCGAGCACCUGCAGAGCCAAGUGGAGGAGCUGAAGUCCUCUGACCCGGGCCGGAGCAGGCCGGGGAGGGGCGGCCCGCAGCAGCCGGCACCCGGCUCGGCCUGUCUGAAGGAGCUGUACGACCUUCCCAGACACUUCGUUUAUGACCACGUCUUUGCGGAGAAGAUCGCGUCCCUGCACAGCCAGCAGAGCCCCGAGGAGGAGGAAAACGGGCGCCUCAAGAAGACGGUGAGCGUGCUGCAGGCGCAGCUGAGCCUGGAGCGCCAGAAGCGCCUGGCCGUGGAGGAGGAGCUCGGGCUGGCGCUGAAGGAGAACCGCGAGCUGGAGCAGCAGCUGAGGGCCGCCGACGCCUGCGGCGCGCGGGCGCUCGAGCUGGAGGCCGAGGUGGCCGCGAUGCGCCGCGCGCUGCAGGCCGAGCACCCCUGGGCCAACGGCGUGGACACGCCGGCGCUGGACGCCCUGCUGGCCCCCGAGCCCAGCCAGAGCCUGCUGGAGGAGAUGUUCCUGACGGUCGCCGACGCCUACCGCAGGCCCCUGCAGCGCAGCAGCAGCGACACGGUGCUCGGCGGCCCCGCGGCGGGACCGGACGAGCAGGGGGGAGAGCGGGCGUCUAAUCCAAAGGACCGGACCAGCCCUCUGCAGCCUGAGCUGUCGCGUCUGCCACCGCGUGAGCUGCGGCGGACUCGCUGGCCCGCGUGCCGAUGUCCUGCUCGGCUGUAG